AAUGACGUCAGGCCCCUGCGGGUCCACGCUCUCCGGAGCGCCAUGCUGGGCGCGGCAGGCGCGGGGCUCGUGCGGGGCCUGCGUGCAGGGACGCAGGUGUGGCUGUGGGGCUCGCGCGGCCGCUCCCUCACCUUGCCGCACGCGGCCCGUGGGCUCCACGCGGGAGACCGGCGGCCCUCAGCCGGGCGGGGGCCGCUCGAGCGGCGGCCGAGCCUGCCUGCGGCGGCGAUCGUGAAUUCGGCGCCCCGCCCUCUGCAGCCCUACCUGCGCCUCAUGCGGUUGGACAAGCCCAUAGGAACCUGGCUACUGUAUCUGCCAUGUACUUGGAGCAUUGGUCUGGCAGCUGAACCAGGUUGUUUUCCAGAUUGGUACAUGUUAUCCCUCUUUGGCGCUGGAGCUGUUCUGAUGCGUGGCGCAGGCUGUACUAUUAAUGACAUGUGGGACCAGGACUACGAUAAAAAGGUUACAAGAACAGCAAGUCGCCCAAUAGCUGCUGGAGACAUUUCAACUUUUCAGUCCUUUGUUUUUCUUGGGGGACAGCUGACCUUGGCACUGGCUGUUCUUCUGUGUCUGAAUUACUACAGUAUAGCUCUUGGAGCAGCAUCCCUACUUCUUGUCAUCACCUACCCGCUAAUGAAGAGAAUUACAUACUGGCCUCAAUUAGCCUUGGGGUUGACUUUUAAUUGGGGAGCAUUGCUUGGAUGGUCUGCUGUCAAGGGCUCCUGUGACCCAUCUGUUUGCCUUCCUCUGUAUUUUUCUGGAAUUAUGUGGACUCUAAUAUACGAUACUAUCUAUGCUCAUCAGGACAAGAGAGAUGAUGCUCUGAUCGGGCUUAAGUCCACGGCACUGCUGUUCCGUGAAGAUACCAAGCAGUGGCUCAGUGGCUUCACUGUGGCAAUGCUGGGGGCACUGAGCCUGGUGGGAGUGAACAUCGGUCAGACUGUGCCCUACUACACCGCUCUGGCUGCUGUCGGAGCCCAUCUGGCUCACCAGAUUUACACUCUGGACAUCCACAGACCUGAGGAUUGUUGGGAUAAAUUCACCUCCAACCGAACAACAGGACUAAUAAUUUUUUUAGGAAUUGUCCUUGGGAAUUUGUGGAAAGAAAAAGAGAUUGAUAAAACAAAGAAAAAUAUAGAUAAUAGAAUAGAAAAUUAGCAAAUUAAGUUUAUCUGGGGAUUUUUAAAACAAACUUUUACAAAAUAUUCUCAGGUCUUAUUACCACAUAAUUAGAUUUGAAUAACAGUCUUAAAAUAUGUUAAUGAAUUACAAACCAGUAGAUGAAGUUUUAGAGCAUUUUUGCCUGGAUUUUAGUUCAACUAUGUACUAGUCAAAUUCUUCCCCGUCACAGAAACCAGGAACUCUUCAGGAUUUGCGAUCACCUGGAGUAUUUAUAAUUCUCAUCUGCAGUUACAGGAAUUAUAUGAGUUUUGGCACUUUAGGAAAAAACGAUGUGUGUCUCAUCUAAAUGAAUGUCUCUGUAGGAAAAUGGACUCUCUUUUUAGGGCAAAAUAAAGGCUGCUACAGAAAGUUGAGGCUUAUUGUUCUUUGCGUUGACCUUUACUUACUGCCAAAAGCUGUAAUUCAGGAAACCGUUCUGUUUUUUAUAUUUUAGGAGAAUUUAAAUCAGUAAAUAAAAUUUGUUACCUGUUAUACCUGUA